AUUUUUUGUUGACGUUCCAAAAAAUUCAUCUAAAUGUUAAAAUUUAUAUCUAGCUAAUUAACGUGCCUUUAACAAGGAUAAGAUGCAUCUUCCGAAGGUAUUUAGGUUUAGAAAUUCUCAAUUAAGUGCAAAUCAGUAUUUUAUAGUGUGUCUAGUUGGGGGAUUUCUUCUGAGUUUUUAUUGGCCUACAAAUUAUGUUCAUGAGGAUUGUGUUGUAUCUCAAACAAGUGAAUUAUAUUCAAUUAAAGACAAUGAGAAUAUCCACAUGCUUAAUGAGGAUUUUGAGCCUCAAUUAAACCUGGCACAGAAACCAAUGAUUGCUAAAAAGUCUGUGAAAUCUAUCGUUCGUCCACGAUAUUUUUCAAGCGAGUUAAAUGUGAAGCAGGAUCGCUUAUUUGUCGGAGUAUUAACAGUUCAAGAGAAUAUCGAUAAUUUAGCCACAGCAUUUAACAAAACCACUGCUCAUUUAGUCAAUAAGAUCAAGUUCUUUAUCCAUGCUGAUAAUGUCAAAACAAACUUUAAGCUCAAGAAUAUCGUUGGAUUUACAGACACUAGAGAGAACUAUCGACCUUUUCAUGUUCUUAAAUACAUAGCAGAUAAUUAUCUUGAAGACUAUGAUUUCUUCUAUAUAAUUGAGGAUGCUGCCUACGUAAAUGCGAAAUUAUUAAUGGAACAAUUGAAUCAUAUAAGCAUGAGUUUUGACGUUUAUCUUGGAACUAAAGAAUCUGAUCGUGAGGAAGGAUUUUGUGAUUUGAAAGCUGGUAUCAUAUUCAGCAGUAGCGUAAUUAAGAAAAUUAAAUCAAAACUUGAUUUGUGUGUAAGAAAUGCAGACGGAACUCAUCAUAGUGUCAAUAUUGGACGAUGUGUGCAGCAAGCUACAGAAAUUAAGGAAUGUCAAGAAUCAUUCCAAGGAGUCUCGAUCAAAAGUUAUCAAUUAUCAAAUCAGAAGAUUUAUCGUGAUUUACAUGUGUUGAAGGAAGAUUCAGAAUUUAAUAAUGCAGCAAGUGUUUAUCCAAUAAAUCAAGCAGAUGACAUGUUCAUACUUCAUAUUUACUAUUCUAAACUGCAUUUAGAAGCUGUAAAGAACAAAAUAGCUAAUUUAGAACAAGAAGCACAAGGAAUUGGAAAUGGCAAAAUCUCAAAUAACAUUUUGGAAGUAAAAUGGCCACUUGGAGUUGCUAAUUCGAUGAAACCACAGCAUCGACAUGAUAUAAUCGUUUGGACUCAUUUAAAUUUAACACAUAGCUUUAUGGAUGAAAGUGGAGUUAAUGUUAAGCCAUUGAGUAAAACUGAUGCAACUGAUAUUAGAAAGAUUCUUGAUGGAAUCUUAUUGGAUGUAAAGAAAAAGUAUCCAGAACUAGUGUUCAUCGAUAUGGAAUCAGCUUAUAGACGCUUCGAUCAUGUCCGUGGCAUGGAAUAUAAAAUUUACUUAACAUUUAAGAGUGUCGAUGAUGAAAUUGUGACAAAAAAUUAUGAAGUCGUUAAGCCAAUAUCCUUAAUUCAAAUUAUUCCAAGUCCAUAUGUGACAGAAUCAACUAGAAUUUCAAUGAUUGUUCCUACAUUUACUCAUCGAAUAGAUGAUACAAUAAACUUUUUAACUAAAUAUGAGGAAAUUUGUAUGCAGAAUAAAGACUCGACGACACUUAUGCUUGUAUUACUUUAUAAUUCGAAUGACUCUAAUAAGGCUGAAUCUGAUGUGUUCUAUCGACUGAAAAAUGUUGCAAUUUCUACAUCGAAGAGAAUUAAAGGCGAUGACUCGAGAAUCGCGUGGGUUUCAAUUAGACUUCCACCAGAAUUCAAUUAUACAUAUCGAGAGCAAGACGAACUGCUAAAUUCAAUUUAUGGCAAUCAAGAGAUUUUAUCACUAGUUGCUACAGAUUUAGCAUUAAGAAAAAUUGGAUUAGAAAGCCUGGUACUAGUCUUUUCAAAUCUUGUAAAUUUCAAAAAUGACUUUCUUAAUCGAGUCCGAAUGAAUACAAUUCAAGGCUUCCAAAUCUUUUCACCUGUUGGUUUUAUGCAAUAUCCAUGCAAGAAGACGUCAUUCUGUAAUGCAUGUGAAAGUUGUGACGUGGCACAAAGCACUGGAUAUUUUGAUCAGAAAAACUUUGACAUCAUCUCUUUCUACAGUCGUGAUUACGUUGAUGCACGCAAGAAAUUGGAAGCAUUUGUUCCUAUAAUCCGAAAAGAUGCUGACAUUAUUAAUCUUCAGUCACGACAAUAUCAGGAUGUAAACAAUGUGUUGGACAUAUUCGUAAAAGCUCAAACUCCUGUUCACAUUUUGAGGGCUAUUGAACCGUCACUGAGAUAUGGAAUCAACAUGGAAAGCUUUAUGGACAAUUUUUCAGCUGACAAUCCACUGCCAAAAUGCCAAUAUAUGAACACAUCUAUGGAACAUAAAUGUAUUAAUCUCGUUAGUCGAAAGCAGCUUGGUGAAGCUAUUGUGGCCUUAGAAAAUUCAAUUUCUGAAUCUUAAAAAAAAAAGUUGUGCCUUUCUCAAAAAAAAGUUUUAUGCCAA